AUGCAAGCGAAGAUAGAUAAAUUGGAAAUUGGAGUUAAUGAUAAAUCUGCCAAAGUCAAAGUAAACAGUAGUGAAAACGCAUCAGUGAUUGAAGUGCCUUCAAGUACCCGGGCGUUGUUGAGAAGAGACUUUAAGAUAUCGGGGCAGAUUGGAGAACCAGGACAAGCAGAAAAACUGACAUAUAUCUCUCUCAAUCACCAGAUUGAAUCAGGGCUCAAACGAAAAUACACUGAGGAUGAAAUUGUCGAUGCAGUAAUCCGAGCUAUUUCACCACACACAAGCCUCCGUAGUUACAUUGAGACAAUGCCAGAACUUGGUCUUCCCCAACUACGAAAGAUCUUAAGGAUCCAUUAUUGCGAGAAGACAGCUUCAGAAUUGUACCAGCAACUAACUACAAUGUGCCAGAAACCCAAAGAAAGUGUGCAACAGUUCUUGUUAAGAAUUAUGGAUGCAAGAAAUAAAGUUGUUUUUGCUAGUAAGGAAGCAGACACUGAUUUCAACUAUGGUAGCCAGUUAAUCCAGAAUACUUUUCUGAAAGCUUUAGAAACUGGAAUUCGUGAUGAGUAUCUGACAACUAGUUUACGACCAAUUCUACGAAAGGACGGUGUGUCUGAUGAGGAACUUAUGCGAAGCAUCAAUGAACUUGCCUCCCAAAAGACCCAGAGAGAAAACAAGCUUGGUUUAACAGAGAGGCUGUCUGCGAAAAGUGCCAAGGUGAGUUCUGUUGAGGGGGCAAAAGGGAAAAAGGGGACAUCCCCAGAAAUCAGUGAAAAACAGGACCUCCUUGCAGAGAUCAAGGGAAUAAAGUCUGAAUUAAGUUCCCUUAAAGCAAAGGUUGAGGAACAGGUGUCUAAGAGUAAUGCACCGUUCCAGCCAAGAUAUCCAUGGGGUUGCCCCAAAUGUAGAAGAGAAAACAAUGGAAAUACUUGCAGACAUUGUUUUAUUUGCUGUCAGGCUGGACAUUUAGCCAGUCACUGCCCACAAAGGAAGGCGGAAAACGAACAGGGGCCAUUUCCGAGGGACAGGAGAUGGCCAAGAACAUAGAACAAACGUCCCCUCAAUGUGCGUUUUGCAAAAAACUCCAUGUACAUGACACUAUCCUUUGUUGUAAACAAUGCAAAGCUGUUUAUUAUUGUGACCGGGAAUGUCAAAGGAAACAUUGGCAUGAUCACAAAGCAACAUGUGUUGCCUUGCAAAGCAUUAAUCACAAGGAUAUGAAAGACAAUGCAAACUUGGAAUUCUUUGCAACCCACCUAACUCCAAGUCAACAGAAUAAACUGGUACAGAUAAUUGGUAGAAAAUGCAUAGUAUUGGGGAAAUUAGACAAUAAAGAAGUUAAUGUGCUUUGGGACACAGGGGCCCAAGUGUCUUUGGUUUCAGAAAGGUUUUUGACACAAAGUCACCCAAUAAAACAAAUAAGAAGUUUGUCGGAACUUGUCGAGACUGACCUAAAACUCACAGCAGCAAAUGGUAGUGUUACACCAUAUAUUGGUUGGGUUGAAUUAGCAUUUACCUUGUCUUCAAAGAACACUCAGGUACGCGUGCCAUUUUUGGUUACAACUGAAACAAUUGAGCACCCAAUAAUAGGCUACAAUGUGAUUCAAGAAAUUGUGACAAAUGAACACAAUGAUUUAUUGUCAGAAAUUCAAUCUUCAUUUGUUGGACUUGACAAUGGUGCAGCACAAGCAUUAAUUAACUUUGUUCAAAGUGCUGACAGUGAUUAUUUAUGCAAUGUAAAAACAAGCAAAAGAGACGUUGUUAUACCAAGUGGUAAACAGGUAAACAUUCAGUGUCGAGUUAAUACAGGUCCAAUUUGUGGGACUACCCCAGUUUUAUUCGAACCAGAUGAAACAAUGCCUUGGCCCUCCUGCCUAGAAAUCAAUGAGACAUUGCUAACAGUAAAGAAAGGGAAGACUAAUUUUAUCGAAGUGCAGGCGAAUAACCCAAUAAAUCAUGAUAUUGUUAUUAAGCGACGGACAGUGUCAGGACGAUUACAACUGGUACGGUCUGUAACCGCAAUACCAGUAAAAUUGAGAGAGGAAACCGUUGAGAAUGGUUCUCAGGUAGACCAAACUUGUAAAGUUAGUGAAUGUUCUGUUGCUUUCACUAAUGAAACCCAGCCCACGGUGGGCAUCCCUGACCACAUCAAGAACAUUGACUUAAAGGGGUUAACACCAGAACAAAGAUCAGUUGCGCUAAGGAUGUUAGCUCAAGAAGCGGACGCAUUUUCACAGAACGAUGAUGACAUUGGGUGUAUCCCAGAUCUGAAGGUAACAAUCAAAUUGAACGAUGAGACACCAGUACAAAAGAACUACACAGCAGUGCCAAGACCGCUUUAUCCUGAGGUUAAAAGUUAUGUUGAAGAUCUCUUGAAUAAGAACUUCAUCAGGAAGUCAACAUCCCCUUACAGUUCACCUGUAGUAUGUGUCCGGAAAAAGGACCAAACGCUUCGGCUCUGCAUCGACUAUCGAGAACUAAAUAAAAAAAGCAUCCCAGAUCGCCACCCUAUACCCAGGAUCCAAGAGACACUUGACAGUCUUGGGGGAAAUUCAUGGUUCUCAGUAUUGGACCAAGGAAAAGCAUACCAUCAAGGGUUUAUGAGUGAGGAGAGCCAAGCCCUAACUGCCUUUAUAACCCCCUGGGGCUUAUAUGAAUGGGUUCGAAUCCCAUUCGGUCUUUGUAAUGCCCCAGCGGCAUUCCAAAGAUUCAUGGAAAACUGUUUGGAUGACUUGCGCGACACAAUAUGUAUCCCGUAUCUUGAUGACGUCAUCGUAUUUAGUGCCACGUUCGAGGAUCAUGUGGAACAUCUUCGGAAGGUAUUUCAGCGUUUAAGGGAAAAUGGGGUAAAGCUAAAGCCUCAAAAGUGUAAGUUGUUCGAGAGAGAAGUAGUGUUUUUGGGACGUAUUGUUUCAGAAAGCGGUUAUCGAAUGGACCCUGCAGGCGUAGAGGUUAUCCACCAUUUGAAGCCGUCCCCUCCAAAAAACGUUGGUGAUGUUAGGCGUUUAAUGGGACUGCUAAAUUGCUAUCGGAGAUACAUUCCAAAUUUCUCUAGAAAAGCGAAACCAAUAUACGAUCUAAUUAAGAGUGACGGUGUAGAGACAGGAAAUAGCAAACAUAAUAUGAAAUCGAAAGGACAGUUACCCUCUAGUACUAUUGUGCAGUGGACUAACGAUCAUCAACUCAUCCUUGAAGACCUGUUAGAUCAUUUGGUUGACCCACCUGUGAUGGCCUACCCAGAUUUUACCAAACCGUUUAUUGUGUGCACUGACGCGUCUGAAGAGGGACUGGGAGCCGUCCUGUACCAAAGUCAAAACGGUGAAACAAGAGUUAUUGCGUAUGCUUCUCGAAGCUUGACACCCGCCGAAAGAAAUUACCAUCACCAUUCGAGCAAGUUGGAAUUUCUUGCACUAAAGUGGGCGAUUUGUGACCAUUUUCGAGACUAUUUGUAUUAUGCCUCGGAAUUUACAGUGUAUACUGACAACAACCCACUCACAUACAUCUUGUCUUCCGCAAAACUUAAUGCAACGGGUUUACGUUGGGUCGGAGAACUGGCAGAUUUCAAUUUUACUAUCAAAUACCGCCCCGGUAAAGUGAACACUGAUGCAGACGCGCUGUCAAGGUUGUUGCCAAAUGUCGAUAGUUACAUGGAGAUGUGCACCGAGGAAAUUGCAAUGGAUACUCUCCAAGCCGUAGUCAUCAAUUUUGGAACAGCAAGCGAGUAA